CGCCGUCAUUUUUAUCUAUUCAGCCGUGAAUACCGUACAGCAAGAGGGGCAUGAAGACCGCUGCUGAUAAGUGGGAUUCAGCGCAAUACGCUAGGAGACAUACAGAAAGAGAAGAUUGAGGAAAAAACUGUCUGCUAUGGGUUUGGGUCAAAAUGGGCGAGCAACAGGCAUGUGUGAAGCUCAGUGAAGAGAAAGUCAUUCCAAGGGCUGACAUCUUGUCUCUUCUUCGCACCUACAAUUGUUACCAUGAAGGCAAAAACUUCCAGUUGAGGACUCGUGAGGAGGAUGGUGUGCUCAUUCUCGAGGGGCUCCUGAACAUUUACUGGGGCCUGCGUCGACCAAUCAGGCUUCAGAUGCAUGAUGACAACGAGAGGUUUCAGCUUCACAGAUUGACUGUAGCCAAGAAGCUGCCGGGAGAAACCAACAAUAAUCCCCUGGACAGACCCAGAGCCGGUGGAUCCUCAGGUGGUGAAGUGUCUGGGGAGGAGGAGGACUCCCCACAGUUGCUCAGGACUCGGAGUGAUGCCUCGUUCAUGAGAGUUCAGAGAAGGACAAAGACACAAACCUCCGAAAACCUGCAGCGACUGCGCAGACACCGCUUCUCCAUCAACGGACAUUUUUACAAUCACAAGACAUCUGUGUUUACUCCAGCGUUUGGCUCAGUCACGAAUGUCAGAGUGAACAGCUCAAUGACCACAGUUCAAGUGCUAAACCUUCUGCUUCACAAGUUCAGGGUCGAAAAUAAAUGUGAGGAGUUUGUUCUUUACAUGGUGCAUGAGUCUGGAGAAAAGACACGGUUUAAAGAUGGAGAGUAUCCGUUAGUGGCCCGGGUGCUUUAUGGGCCCUGUGAAAAAAUCUCCAAGAUCUUUAUCAUGGAGGCCGACCUGGGAGAGGAAGUCACUUAUGAUGUUGCUCAAUACAUAAAAUUUGAGAUCCCUGUUUUAGACAGUUUUGUGGAGAAGCUAAAAGAGGAAGAGGAGCGGGAAAUCAACAAACUGACCAAAAAAUACAGUGCACUUAAAUCCAUGAUACUACACCAGCUUGAACACAAGGCUCUCGACAGUGACCGAGUAUGAGCGUAACAAGUGCUUUUUAUGUAAUUUAAAAUAAAGAAUGAAUUUAACACUAUAGAUAGAUUUGCAUUGUGAACAGCAUAAUACACAAUGAAUGUAGAUGACAGGAAAGUGUGUGGUCACAGGAUAGUAGCUAUUCUAUGUUAGGCAACACCAUUGUGCUUAUAGCCUACUGUUAAAAUUUGACUACAAAUGUUGUUGUUUUUGUAACUAUGGUCUUAGUACUUCUUUUUCUAUAGCUUAAUUUUAUACCACGUUUAUUAACUCUGCUUUUAAACUUUUUGUAUCAAAAUUUGACAAAUUUAUACAAGCAUAUUUUGCCAUGGCUCAUGAUGUUUAACUCAAUAAAGCCACAAUGCAACUUGCAA